UGUUCUUUUAUAUAUACCUCUUUUUUAUACUCACUGAAAUAUAAACACAGUUAAUCUUCUUUUAUGCCUGCCAAAGCUCUGAGGUUUGAAGGAGCCAAAAUGGUAGUAAGUGCAGCAGCAGCAAUGAUGAUAUCUUCUUCUACAAGAAUUCAUCAAUGCACAAUGCAAAGCAAGAUCUGUUUAUCUACGUCGUUGCAUGGAAUGGUGAGGGUGAGUGAUGGUUCUAGGGUUUUCGACGUGAAUCCCAAGAAAUCAACACCACACUACAAGGGAGUUGGCGUGAAGAUUAAUGCAAUUGCUGCUGAUAGCUUGAACGUGAACAAUAUUAAUGUUGGAUUGAAUGGUUUUGUUGAAGAAGAGACCAAGAUAGAAUCGAGUCCGAAUUGGGAGGGAAGGUUUGUGGAAGACGGUUUAGUAUUUAGGCAGUGUUUUGCCAUAAGAUCAUAUGAGAUUGGUCCGGAUAAAACAGUCUCUAUUGAAACCUUGAUGAGCCAUCUUCAGGAGACGGCCCUCAACUCUAUUAAGCUUUCUGGGUCAAUAGGAGAUGGGUUUGGUACCACUAUUGAGAUGAGUCGGAAAAAUCUUAUAUGGGUUGUUUCUCGAACUCAAUUGCAAAUGGAAAGUUAUCCCUCGUGGGGUGAUAUUGUGGAAAUAGAUACAUGGGUCAAUACAUCAGGUAAAAAUAGUAUGGAGUGGAAUUGGAUUGCUCGUGAUACAAAGACAAAUACUGUUCUAGUGCAAGGGACUAGCAUUUGGGCAAUGAUGAAUAAAAAGACAAGAAAACUUUCAAAGAUUCCAGAUGGAGUUAGAGAAGAAAUACAACCUUGUUUCACUAAAACAAAAAUUUUUGAAAAAGAAGGGACUCAAAAGUUAAACAAGCUUGAGGAUAGCACUGCUUCAUACAUAUGUUCAAAUUUAUCACCACGUUGGAGUGAUUUAGAUGCAAACCAACAUGUCAACAAUAUCAAAUAUAUUAGUUGGAUUUUGGAGAGUAUGCCUGUUUCUACUCUACAAGACAAUGAACUUGCCAAUAUAGCUUUGGAGUAUAGGCGUGAAUGCAUGCUAUCACAUACUCUUCAAUCAUUAUCAAGUCCACAAGUUUGUAAUACGAUGGAUUCUAUAUAUGAGCCUCCAACCACUUGUAAAUCCACUCCUACAUUACAAUUUAACCACUUGCUUCAGUUGCAAGAUAAUGGAUUGGAACUUCUCAGGGCAAGGACAAAAUGGAGACCCAAGAUUAUUAAGGCCUACACCAACUAAGAUAUUGAUUUUAAAAUAUCAUAGUUAUCGUAGUUUAGGAUAGAAUAAUAAAAUAAAUAUAAAUUAGAACCUCCAAAUAUUUUUUAUAUAUUUUAAAUAUUAUUUCUUGGUUAUUGAGGUGAUA